GCGUUCUCCUCGACAGCCAAUGAGCGCACCGGACGUAACAUGGCGCCGGCUCAAAAGGAAAGUCUGGGCCCGUGAAGAGCGAGAUUAUUUCACUCGGUGGGGCCGCGAACAUGGGAUCGCCGCUGCUCCUGCUGCUGCUGCUCGUCGGCACCGUUUGGUGCCAGCGCAAGGACCAGAGCGUGUGCCGGAAAGACAACGGGCUGUUCGAACACGAGCAGUACUGCGACUACUACUACGAGUGCGAAGAUGGAGUGCCCACGCUGCAGCUGUGUCCCAACGGCUUGGCCUUCUCGGGCAAGAACCGCGGCCUCCUCAACAACUGCGACUACCCGCACCGAGUGGGCUGCCCCGAUGACGACGGGCGUGUGAUGGGCCAGAGCCCGCAGAGCAGUGAGAACUGCCACUGGCAGUACGGCGUGUUUGCCCACCAGACGAGCUGUACCCGGUACUGGCAGUGCUGGAACGGCACGGCCACCAUUCAACAGUGCCCCUUCUCCUUGCUCUACAACGACGUGAUGCACGCCUGCGACUGGCCGGACAACGUGCCCGACUGCCAGAAGCACCCAAUCUGCAAGGACAACCCCAACGGUCACAUCCCCAUCGAGAAAAGUUGCGUCCGCUACUGGCUCUGCGUGGGCGGCUACCCGCGCCUGCAGCGCUGCCCAGCGGGGCUUGCCUUCAACCCGACCGGGCUGCGCUGUGAACUGGCCGACAACAUUCCCGGAUGUGAACCACCGCCAACCACGGCGCCACCCGAGGAGGCUGAAGAGCGACCUCAGCAGCAGAGGCCUCGGCCACAACAGCAAGCCGCCCCCAGACCACCAUCACAGCCUGCUCCAAGCGGCCAGCGACGAUUCAGCCCACCGCCCCAGUCGGUACCUGCCCUGGCUCAAGCGUCUCCCGUUGCUGACCAGGAUGACGACUACACCGAUGCUGGGCAGAACCGGGCGCAAGGCGUCGUGCGCAGGCCAGCCUCAUUCAGGCAGGCCGUGCCAGCUUCCACUGGGAAGUAAUGCUGGAGUCUCCAAUCAAAACCACAUCCAUGCUUCUCAAAUUGCACUGGCACGCUAGACCUUAAAUUGGUACCUUCUAGUCUUGCCUGAUAACAUUCCCAUCAUGGCGCAAGCCAGUCUGCUUGGAUUGGAUGGCUUUGCUGACCACCCUUUCACCGAGAAUAAAAACUGUACUGCCACCUGA